GAGUGAGUGGCUGAGUGAGUUACUGAGUGUGUGACUGACUGAGUCGUUGAAGGAGUUGGUGAGUGAGUGGCUGAGUGACUGAGUGAGUGAAGGAGUCGGUGAAGGAGUUGGUGAAGGAGUCGGUGAAGGAGACAUGCCGGGCUUCACGUACAAGUUGGCGGAGCGGCCUCGCCGCCGGAUCGUCUGCCCCCUGUGCCACAAACCCAUGCGAGAACCCGUCCAGAUCUCAGCCUGUGGACACCGCUACUGUGACUCGUGUCUACAGCGAUACCUCAGUGAGGGGAUCUUCAAGUGCCCUGAGGACAGACUUCCUCUGGAGUAUGCCACGAUUUUCCCGGACCCCGAGCUCGAGAGUGAGGUCUUGUCCCUGACUGUGCGCUGUGAGCAUGGGGACAGUGGGUGUCGCUGGGUGGGACCCAUCAGACUCAUGCAGGCCCACCUUGCCCGCUGCCCUCUGGCCCUGCUGCCGUGCCCCCACGGCUGCCCUGCCCGGCUGCCCCCCUCCGAGCUGCCCUCUCAUGCCAAGUGGGAGUGCCCCAAGCGGCGGGCACGCUGCCCCUUCUGCCAGAGAGACUUCAGCGGGCACGAGUUCGAGGCCCACCGCAGCAGCUGCCCCCUGGAGACGCUGCCCUGCGAGAACAAGUGUGGAGCCCAGGUGACGCGCUCCCAGGUCACCGCUCAUGCCUCACUUGCCUGUCCCAAGCGGACCCUCGCCUGCCCACACUGCCAGCGAGACUUCCUCUACGAGACCCUGCAGAGCCACCAGCAGCAGUGCCCACGUGUCCCUGUGCCGUGUCCAAACCGCUGUGGACUGCCCCGCAUCGCCCGCGAGGAGCUGCCCUGCCACCUCAAGGAGGCCUGUGCUACUGUGCACGUGGCCUGCCCCUUCAAGGAGGCUGGGUGCAAGCACACGUGUCACAGGGUGGCCAUGUCACGGCAUCUAGAGGAAGGCAUGCGUGCUCACCUCUCCAUGACUUGCUGCCUCGUGCAGCGUCAGCGCUCAGAGAUGACGGAGCUCCGCAGGCAGGUGGAGGAGCUGUCUAUCUCCGUGACUGGCUGUCUGCUUUGGCGUAUCACGGAUGUGUCCCGGCGCCUUGCUGAGUCCAAGAAGAGCGGAGAUGAGAGGGAGCUGCUGAGUCAGCCGUUCUACACUCACCGCUACGGCUACAAGCUGCAGGUCACCGCCUUCCUCAACGGCAAUGGCAGCGGCGAGGGUUCCCACCUGUCCCUGUACGUGCGCCUGGUGGCCGGCCCUUACGACAACAUCCUCCCCUGGCCCUUCCCGCACCGCCUCUCCUUCUCGCUGCUGCACCAGGGCGGCCCCUCCUGCCCCUCCUCCACCGGGACCCCAGUCGCCGCGGCCGUGGCCGCGGCGGCCGCGGCCGCGGCUGCGGCCGCGGCCGCGUCGGCGUCGGCGGGAGGGGGAGGGGGAGGACCGGCAAACGUUUUGACGCCGCCGCAUCCGGCCCGGCCUCCCCCACCGGGCCCGCACUCGGCCGAAAACAACAACAACUGUAACGGUAGCACCACGAGCAGCAGCAGCAGCGGCAGCAGCGGCGGCGGCGGCGGCGGCGGCGUCGGCAGGAGCGGCAACGCGGCGAACAACCACCCCCACCAGCACCAGCAGCAGCAGCAGCACCAGCAGCAGCAGCAGCCCGCCAGGCCCGUAGCGCCGGGGCCGUACCCGGCGGCGGCACCGCCGGCGCCUCCCCCGGAGCCGCCCCGGCACAUCUACCGGGCGUUCACGCCGGACCCGGCGUGGAAGCACUUCCAGAAGCCCACGGCGCCGGCGGCCGCGGUCGCCUCGGCGGCCCCGGCGGCUCCGGCGGCUCCGGUGGCGGGGCCGGGGCCGGGGCCGGGGCCGGGGCCGGCGGCAGCACCGGGGCCGGGGCCGCCGCCACCGCCGGCGGUCCCGGCCGGCGUCCUCUCGCUGGCGACGCCGCCGGUGGUGCCGCAGUUGGCCGGGUCGAGCUUCGCGGCGGUGGGCGGCGGCGGCGGCGGCGGCGGCGUGGGGUCUGACGGGGCGGCGUUGGGGUUCGGCUACCCGCGGUUCGUGACCCACGAGGAGAUGAGGGACGGCGGCUUCGUGAGGGACGACGCCAUCCUGGUGCGCGUCGCUGUGGAGCACGCCGGCAAGCUGCAGCAGCAGCAGCAGCAGCAGCACGUGUAGGGGGGGGGGGGGGGGGGGCGGGGUGCCGGUGUGUUGCGUGUACCGGCGGCGUUUGCCGGUGUACACCGGCGUGUUGCCGGUGUACACCGGCGUACACCGGCGUGUUGCCGGUGUCGGCGUGUUGCGCAAAACGGGCAGCCGUGUGCUGUCCAUGUCCCCACCCCCUCUCGGUGACAUUCCUUGUGCUGCCCCGCCCACCUACUUCCUGUCUAAUGGUGCCACUCCCUGCUGCCCCGCCCACCUACUUCCUGUCUAUUUGCACCACUCACUGCAAGCCCCGCCCCCCUACUUCCUGUCUAACUGCACCACUCCCUGCAAGCCCCGCCCACCUACUUCCUGUCUAACUGCACUACUCCCUGCUGCCCCGCCCACCUACUUCCUGUCUAACUGCACCACUCCCUGCUGCCCCGCCCACCUACUUCCUGUCUAAUUCCAUCAACUUGCAGCGGCGCCACCCCCCACUUACCCGUGCCGUGCCGCCUACUCCCUGUAGCUCCGCCUACUCCCUGUAGCUCCGCCUUCUCCCUGUAGCUCCGACUACUUCCUGUAGCACCGCCUACUCCUUGCAGCGACGCCUACUCCCUGUAGCUCCGCCUACUCCCGGCGUAGCUUCGCCCCCUCCCUGUAGCUCCGCCUACUCCCUGUAGCUCCGCCUACUCCCUGUGCUGCCACUCCCACAGGGGCACGGUUAGGUUCCACUUCCUGUGCCGUCCCUCACCACUUCCUGUGCCACUCACCUGUAAAUAGCCCCGCCUACUCCCUGUAGCCCCGCCUACUCCCGGUGUAGCUCCGCCUACUCCCUGUAGCUCCGCCUACUCCCUGUAGCUCCGCCUUCUCCCUGUAGCACCGCCUACUUCCUGUAGCACCGCCUACUCCUUGCAGCGACGCCUACUCCCUGUAGCUCCGCCUACUCCCGGCGUAACUUCGCCCCCUCCCUGUAGCUCCGCCUACUCCCUGUAGCUCCGCCUACUCCCUGUGCUGCCACUCCCACAGGGGCACGGUUAGGUUCCACUUCCUGUGCCGUCCCUCACCACUUCCUGUGCCACUCACCUGUAAAUAGCCCCGCCUACUCCCUGUAGCCCCGCCUACUCCCGGUGUAGCUCCGCCUACUCCCUGUAGCUCCGCCUACUCCCUGUAGCUCCGCCUACUCCCGGCGUAGCUCCGCCUACUCCCUGUAGCUCCGCCUACUCCCUGUAGCUCCGCCUACUCCCAGUAGCUUCGCCCCCUCCCUGUAGCUCCGCCUACUCCCUGUAGCUCCGCCUACUCCCUGUAGCUCCGCCUACUCCCGGCGUAGCUCCGCCUACUCCCUGUAGCUCCGCCCACUCCCGGCGUAGCUCCACCUACUCCCGGUGUAGCUCCGCCUACUCCCUGUAGCUCCACCUACUCCCUGUAGCUCCACCUACUCCCUGUGCUGCCACUCCACUCCCACAGGGGCACGGUUAGGUCUCCACUUCCUGUGCCACUCACCUGUAAAUAGCCCCGCCUACUCCCUGUAGCUCCGCCUACUCCCUGUAGCUCCACCUACUCCCUGUAGCCCCGCCUACUCCCUGUAGCUCCGCCUACUCCCUGUAGCUCCGCCUACUCCCUGUGCUGCCACUCCACUCCCACAGGGGCACGGUUAGGUCUCCACUUCCUGUGCCACUCACCUGUAAAUAGCCCCGCCUACUCCCUGUAGUUCCGCCUACUCCCUGUAGCUCCGCCUACUCCCUGUAGCUCCGCCUACUCCCUGUAGCUCCGCCUACUCCCGGCGUAGCUCCGCCUACUCCCUGUAGCUCCGCCUACUCCCUGUAGCUCCGCCUACUCCCGGCGUAGCUCCGCCUACUCCCUGUAGCUCCGCCUACUCCCUGUAGAUCCGCCUACUCCCUGUAGCUCCGCCUACUCCCUGUAGCUCCGCCUACUCCCUGUGCUUGCCACUCCACUCCCACAGGGGCACGGUUAGGUAUCCACUUCCUGUGCCACUCACCUGUAAAUAGCCCCGCCUACUCCCUGUAGCUCCGCCUACUCCCUGUAGCUCCGCCUACUCCCUGUAGCUCCACCUACUCCCUGUAGCUCCGUCUACUCCCGGCGUAGCUCCGCCUACUCCCGGCGUAGCUCCGCCUACUCCCUGUAGCUCCGCCUACUCCCUGUGCUUGCCACUCCACUCCCACAGAGACACGGUUUGGUUCCACUUCCUGUGCCGUCCCUCACCACUUCCUGUGCCACUCACCUGUAAAUAGCCCCGCCUACUCCCUGUAGCUCCGCCAACUCCCGGCGUAGCUCCGCCUACUCCCGGCGUAGCCCCGCCCACUCCCUGUAGCUCCGCCUACUCCCUGUAGCUCCGCCUACUCCCUGUGCUUGCCACUCCACUCCCACAGGGGCACGGUUAGGUAUCCACUUCCUGUGCCACUCACCUGUAAAUAGGCCCGGCUGUAACGCGCUAUGUUUGAGUGCCCUCCUAUUUAUUGUACUGACCUUCCUUCGUGUAUCCUCCCGACUUCCCGUGCCGUCAUCUCGACCACUUACCUCUCUUCCUGGACAUUCCCUACUACUUCAACUACCUUCGCUACUACUUACCGUACAUUUCCUAGGGGCCGUUCAUAAAUGACGUCACGCACCACCUAGGCGGAGGGGGGUGGGUGGUUUGAGGAAUGUGACGUCACAUCAAAAUUGCGCAACUUUGAAUGCAGACAACACGUUCUACUUAUAGC